AUGGUGCCCGAUCGGGCCAUAAUCAUUCGGGUCAAGUUAGCCGCGUGCGGAUUUUUGAAUAACGUGGAUCUAGCCAAGAAAUUCUUCACUCUUUACAAACUGUGUGAGGAACAGCUGUCAAAACAAGUGCAUUAUGAUUUUGGGCUACGAAACAUUCUGUCAGUGCUGCGUACUUUGGGUGCUUCCAAGAGAGCAGCCCCCCAGGAUUCAGAGGUCAUGAUUGUGAUGCGUGGAUUGCGGGACAUGAAUUUGAGCAAGCUCGUGGACGAGGACGAGCCGCUAUUUGUGUCUCUCAUUCAAGAUCUUUUCCCUGGUAUCAACUUGGAUCAAAAGGGUCAUCCGGAAAUGGAAGCUGCCUUGCGACGCCAAGUUGAGGAAAUGGGACUCAUAUAUCACCCUCCUUGGGUUCUGAAAUGCGUUCAGCUUUAUGAGACGUUGUGUGUGCGGCAUGGUGUGAUGACACUUGGGCCCUCAGGAGCAGGAAAGACCAAAUGUAUCCACGCCCUUAUGCAUACAAUGACAGAGUUGGGUGAGCCCCAUAGAGAGAUGCGAAUGAAUCCAAAGGCAAUCACUGCGCCUCAAAUGUUUGGUCGCCUGGAUGUCGCUACUAAUGACUGGACGGACGGAAUAUUCUCAACCUUAUGGCGAAGAACGCAUAGAUUGAAAAAGAAUGAACACAUAUGGUUGAUUCUGGAUGGCCCUGUCGAUGCAAUUUGGAUUGAAAACCUAAACUCCGUGCUCGAUGAUAACAAAACUUUGACGCUUGCAAAUGGGGAUCGCAUUCCCAUGGCUGCGAACGCAAAAAUUUUGUUUGAGGUCCACAACAUCGACAAUGCGUCCCCUGCUACAGUGUCCCGCAACGGUAUGAUUUUCAUGUCAAGCUCUAUAAUGACGUGGGAGCCAAUUCUUAAAG